AUUAUGUUCUAUACUUCACCAUAUUCAAGAGCCAGACAGACAUGUAACAACAUCAUUGAGGGAAUCAAAGAUCUUCCAGGGGUAGAUUAUACCAUUCGUGAAGAAACACGGAUGCGUGAACAGGAUUUUGGAAACUUCCAAGCCACUCCAGAGGAGAUGGAGCGCAUCUGGGAAGAAAGAGCUCAUUAUGGCCAUUUCUUUUAUAGAAUCCCACACGGGGAGUCUGCUGCUGACGUGUAUGACAGAAUUGCCAGUUUCAAUGAAUCACUAUUCAGACAAUUUCAGCAGGACGAUUUCCCUAACAUUUUGGUGUUGGUGACGCAUGGAAUCUGGGCAAGAGUGUUUUUGAUGAAAUGGUUCAGAUGGAGCUACGAAGAGUUUGAGCUGUUGAAAAACAUUCCUCAUUGCCAUUAUUUGAUUAUGAAAAGACAUGAUGGAGGCAAGUUCUUCCUCAAGACACGUUUGCUCACGUGGGAUGAUGUGGACGAGGAUGACAUUGAUGCCCAGGUCGUCAAGGAGGUUGGAGACGAGGUCUGUUUCAACUCUCAAAAUAAACUUACCAAUCCCGAAGAUCUUGAUAUCAGCGGGAUUAUCGAGGCUCAGAAAAUCGCCAUUAGACAGUUGCGGGAGAAAAACAAAAAGAUUAAGGAAGCCUACGACAAGAUACACAGCAACGGCAAUGGCUACACCGAUUACCGUGAGAAGAUGGUUUCUCGGUUCAAGUUGGAUAACCAGAGUGUGGUAAAUAGUGUUGAGAAUCUUAGCGGACAAUUAUCUCCAACGAGAAACUUUUCGCCUAGUAUAUCUGGGACAUUGUCGCCUCCAUCUCGUUGAGCAUGGUUGUCUAUUUAUUUCGUAUUUGCAUUGGUUCAUAUAUUCACUUCAUUCAGGAGACGUUUAAUACAUUGAAU